UCAGAACAUUCGAUGGUAGGUCGGAUCCCGACGGACGGGCUAUUCUCUGUCUCACGCGGUGUCAUCGUAGUCCGUGUCAGUCCGUGAGCUUGCAUAGGAAAGUACCCUCCGGGUUUGCUCAAAAAUUUCUUCCGGUUUGGUGCAAACUUUCACGACAGGAUUAAUUAAACUCCGCGGACAGCAGCGCAAAAUAAAACCACUCGAAAAAUUGAAACCUUCAUCGCAAUGCAUGAAUAAAUAUCGAACCCGAAAUACUUCAGUGCAACCGUGAAAGUGGCCGAAUAAUUUGAAUCCGUUUUUCGGCUGGAAAAUGGAGGAAUCCGCAGGCUGCAAUCAAGUGGCCUUCGGGGGCAAACAUACGCGAACGAUGUGGCUUAACCGAAGGAUUCAUUUAUCGUUUCUUUUCCACGUGCUAGUGAUAGUGUUUGAAGUUCUCGCACUGGCGGAUCUCUCAACGGCGGUGGAAUGCGAUCGGACCCCUUGUGACUGCAAAGGGCUUCAAGGAGCUCCAGGGCAGAAAGGAUUACACGGUAUCCCUGGGCCGAUCGGUUUCCCAGGUGAAAUUGGCUUCGAAGGUCCACCGGGAUACCCUGGCAGUCGUGGUGAUCGUGGCCAAAUUGGAUCUAUGGGUGAAAAAGGCUACAGAGGAGAUAAUGGUGAGGCAGGACCUGUAGGAUAUCCAGGAAUCCCGGGCUAUCCGGGAGAUGAUGGUCCACGAGGCCCACGAGGUAUUGAUGGAUGUAAUGGAACCGAUGGUGCCAUGGGUAUCCCUGGUAUGCCAGGAUGGCCUGGAGAUCGCGGACAACCAGGUCUGCAAGGUCCAGAUGGUUUUCGAGGGGAUUCUGGAGAAGGUGGUAUAAAUUCAAAAGGAACUAAAGGAGCUAUGGGUGAACCAGGACGCCCCGGUGCAAUGGGACCACACGGAUUUAAUGGAAGUCGUGGCCUCCCUGGCUAUGACGGCGUCAAUGGAUUUGAUGGUCUUCCGGGCUCAAAAGGAGAAAUAGGUGAUGAAGGAGAAUCUUCUAUACCUUUCUGCCCAGGAGAGCCUGGUGAACCAGGAGAACCAUAUUACUAUUUCUCUAGCAAAAACUCUACGGUUAGUAAAGGUGUUCAAGGUCCUAAAGGUGAUCGUGGAGAAGAUGGUAUUCCAGGAUUUCAUGGUAGGAAAGGAGAUUCAGGAGCCUACGGCGAACGUGGAUUGAAAGGAUUUAAAGGAGAAGAAGGUAAUGUCGGUGAUAGAGGAAAACAAGGAAAAGAUGGUCCCCCGGGUCCUCCUGGAGAUAAAGGCGAAAAAGGAGCACCGGGUUAUGCAGGCCGUGAUGGAGAACCUGGGGAGAAAGGAGAAUAUGGCGAUGAAGGACGAUCGGGAAUUCCUGGAGUACAAGGUACUCGUGGUCCCCCUGGGGUAUAUGAUCCAACACUUGCACCAAUAAUAAUCGGGCCAGUUGGACCACAAGGCGAUGCUGGGCCACCUGGCAUUCAAGGGCUAGGUGGAAUUCCGGGAAACCCCGGACGUCGUGGGUUGAUGGGCUUCCAAGGACCUCCUGGAGAUUCUGGAUUGGAUGGUCCCCGAGGAAAAAAAGGUUCCACAAUUGCCGGACAACGAGGUGACGAUGGAGAAAGUGGGCCAAGAGGCCCUGUUGGUAUUAGAGGAAUUCAAGGUCCAGGAGGAUUACAUGGCCAAAAAGGAUACCCAGGUAGAGACAUUCAAGGUAUGAAAGGGGAACCCGGUACGCCAGGUUUAAAUGGUGACUUUGGCGAAAAAGGUGAUCAAGGCGAAAUCGGUGAAACUGGCGAUAAAGGUUUUCCGGGUAUUGGUGUUAACAUCACUGGACCAAUGGGACCUGAUGGCAUUCCAGGCCUUCCGGGCCCAGUGGGUGAUGCUGGAUGGAACGCAUAUAGUGGAAUAAAAGGUGACAAAGGUUUUCGUGGUGAAGAUUGUGGAAUUUGCUCUCCUGGUCCUCGAGGAGUCAAGGGUGACGGUGGUGAUAUAGGACGUCCUGGUUGGGAUGGAAUAGAUGGCAAUCGUGGUCUACCCGGUCCGAGAGGAUUGAAAGGGAUACCUGGAAAGCCAGGAAAUCAAGGAAUUCAAGGGUUAAAAGGUAUCCCUGGAGAAAACGGUGAACCGGGCAGACCUGGAGAUAAGGGUCCCAAAGGCUUCAUAAUACGUCGGGGUAGUUUAGUUUCUUACCCUGGUGAUAAAGGAGAUGUUGGUUACCGUGGUUUGCAAGGUGAACAAGGUGAUGAUGGCUAUAUGGGAAGUCCUGGUGAGCAAGGGAGCCUUGGGGAGGCAGGUGACAUCGGUGAUGAUGGAAAUGCUGGAUUUAGAGGUCGGGACGGAGAUCCUGGCAUUCCUGGUAGAGAUGGUGUUCAUGGCCGAGAUGCCGUCCAUAAUUCUUACACCAUUUGGUCGUUAAGAGGAACACCGGGGUUGCCUGGUGAUAACGGUUUUAAGGGAGAGCGAGGAGAUGAAGGAAAUCGUGGAGAGCCAGGAGAUAUUGCCGAUUUCGACUAUAAAAUCAUAGGAGAUCGAGGCCCUCGAGGAGAUUUUGGCGAUGAAGGUCCCGUCGGCCUACCAGGAUAUAAAGGAGAAAUAGGUGAUCUAGGAUUUACAGGUUUAGAUGGAAGGCCAGGCCCUGCCGGAAUUAGUUUGCAAGGCCUAAAGGGUAUCAAAGGCUAUAUGGGAACUACUGGUGACCAUGGGUUGCAAGGAGAAGAAGGUUUUCCUGGAUUACCUGGAGUUAAUGGAUCGAAUGGUUUGAUGGGUCUGAAAGGUCAGCGGGGUGAUCCUGGACGAGCUGUUCUCUAUGGUGAAAUGGGAGAAGAAGGAGAAGCUGGAUAUUUUGGAGAAUUUGGUGACAAAGGAUACAAAGGUCCAGAUGGUUAUCGAGGACAACCUGGUAUUGUUGGUUCUAAAGGAGAAAAAGGAGAUGACGGUAUCAUGGGACGCGUUGGUUUGCCCGGUAACAAAGGUAUGGUAGGAGAUAUAAUUUAUGGAAAUCGAGGAGCACCUGGGGCACCUGGAAGACCGGGUCUAACCGCGCCAUAUGGUGAUAAAGGAGAACGGGGCGAGCCUGGUAUAGAAGGCCCACAAGGCCCAAAAGGCGAAAUUGGUGAUACUGGACGAGAUGGUCUUCCCGGAUUGCCCGGAGAUGAUGGAGAAGCUGGUGAACCUGGUUUACGAGGACUUCGUGGCUACAUGGGUGAGGAAGGAUAUCAAGGAGAACGUGGUGAAUUUGGGGACCAAGGAAACAUGGGUUUGACUGGACGACGAGGCGAAGAUGGAGUAAGAGGUCAACCUGGUGAACCUGGAGAUACUGGAGAUGCAGGAUAUCCAGGAUUAGUGGGGCGUAACGGAACUAAAGGCGAAAUCGGUGAUAUUGGAUUCCAGGGUGCACCGGGUAUGAAAGGAUCCGCUGCUUUCAGUGGCAAUAAAGGUGAAGUAGGGUCGUAUGGGUUGCACGGACCUCCCGGUUUAGCUGGAGCUGUGGGAUUACCUGGUUUGAAAGGUGUUGAAGGUGAUGCUGGGGUUGUGAUCGAUGGCUAUCCCGGUAUGAAAGGUCCUAAGGGAGCUCCAGGCUACAAUGGUCGUUCUGGACGACCUGGAUUCAAAGGCGAACGUGGCGACGAAGGAAAUUUGGGAGCCAAAGGAAUUCAAGGCGAUAAAGGUAAAGAUGGAUAUCCAGGAAUUAAUGGUCGUCAUGGAAAAGGGGGACCACGAGGUUUGACGGGGCUCCGAGGACUCUCUGGUAGCAAAGGUGAGGAUGGAGAAGAAGGUGAAGUUGGUUUUAUAGGAUUUGUCGGAGAAAAGGGAGAAAGAGGUGAAAUAGGUCGUAUAGGUCUACCAGGGCGUCAAGGUCUUUUUGGAGAGAAAGGUUUCCCUGGGUUACCGGGAGAGCAGAUAUAUCGAGCACCACAAAAAGGUGAUAAUGGUGAACAAGGUCUACAAGGUUUUGAAGGUCAACCUGGAUUACAAGGAUUAAAGGGCCGAAUUGGAUAUCCUGGUGAGAAGGGAAAUCCAGGAAUAAGAGGAGAACCAGGAUUUUCAGGACGAAACGGGUUGGAUGGAUUAAAAGGGCAACCUGGAGAACAAGGAUACAAAGGACCGCAUGGUACACUUGUUAGUCGUCCUGAGCCAGGUGAUCAAGGAGAUUCAGGUUAUGACGGAUUUCCUGGUCGACUCGGAAUUAUCGGUAAUAAGGGAGCUCCAGGAGAUUAUGGUGACGACGGCUUAAUUGGACCCCGUGGUAUGAUGGGUGCAGUUAGCGGAGCAUUCAAAGGAAUCAAAGGUGAAAUAGGUUUUGAAGGAGCUCCAGGUUUGGUAGGCUUACCAGGUUUGCCAGGCCCGCAGGGUAUGACGGGAAGUCCGGGUGAAAAGGGCCUUCCCGGAAGCAUUGGUUUUUCGAUUCGUGGAAUCAAAGGAGAAAUUGGGAUGGACGGUUUGAUUGGAUUAGAUGGAAUGCCGGGUCCGCUUGGCUUCCCAGGUGAUGUUGGUCCAGUUGGUCGUCCAGGUAUUAGAGGAUUGCCGGGAUUGAAAGGUGAAUUCGGUGAAGUUGGCGAAGAAGGUUACUAUGGAAGGCUUGGAUUAAAAGGUAUGAAAGGUGAACGAGGUGAUCCAAUACCACUGGACAACUGGACACCAAUCCAACCUGGUGACCGUGGAGUACUUGGUAAUAAGGGAGCUUCUGGAGAUGUAGGCGAUAUGGGUCUUCCUGGAUACGCAGGACUCGUUGGCCUUAAGGGGGAGAAAGGACGACAGGGCUUCACUGGAGAGGAAGGACAAAUGGGUUUCAAGGGAGAAAAGGGUUUCCAAGGAGCUCCAGGACGCGAUGGACUAGACGGUUAUCCCGGCCUGCGUGGUGAAAUCGGUGAUCCAGCACCACCUCCACCCCCAGCCAAGAGUCGAGGCUACGUAUUCGCAAAACACUCUCAAACGGUAUAUGUUCCAGAGUGCCCCCUCAAUACUAUCAAAUUAUGGGAUGGCUACUCUAUGGUGAGCGUUAUCGGUAGUAGUAGAACUGUUGGACAGGACUUAGGAACUGCAGGAUCAUGUUUGAGGAAGUUUAGCACUAUGCCGUAUUUGUUCUGUGACAUUAAUAACGUUUGUAACUAUGCAUCGAACAAUGACGACAGUAUCUGGUUAGCUUCCCCUGAACCUAUGCCUAUGUCUAUGGCACCAAUGAAGGCUCGUGAAAUAGAGAAAUACAUCUCAAGAUGUUCGGUUUGUGAAACGACCACGAGGGUUCUUGCGAUACAUAGCCAAAGCAUGGCUAUUCCUGAUUGCCCUCAAGGCUGGGAAGAAUUGUGGAUUGGCUAUAGUUAUGUGAUGCAUACCACCGACAAUAGUGGAGGAUUCGGCAUGGAUUUGAUUUCACCGGGAUCUUGUUUGGAGGAAUUCCGUGCCCAACCUGUUAUCGAAUGUCACGGACAUGGAACGUGCAAUUUCUAUGAUGGUAUCACUUCAUUCUGGUUGACGGUAAUUGAGGACGGCGAAGAAUUCAAUCAGCCCAAGCAACAAACGUUAAAAGCAGACCAGACUAGUAAAAUAAGCAGGUGUAUAGUCUGUCGUCGUAAAGCAGGUUUCCUGAGAGUGCUUUCGGAUGGCGCGAUUAGUGCCUCUGCGCUGCGACGUCCAAAUAUCGCAACUGUCCAAAAACCAUAUUAUCCGCCGCCACCUCAACAACCACCACGACGACGAGUUCGACCUCAAGGUCGACCCCGAAACCGUUAUUAAGAGAUCCGUGAUUUGAAAUUUGUUAGACGCCAUAAAAGUUUUCGAAGUCGAAUUUAGUUAUGUUAAAUGUGCCAUUUAAGUCUUUGCAAAACUUUAACUAACGAACUGCCGAAACAUUUUUGGAUUUCAUUAACAAACAGCCGAAAACUUGAAAAGCUGUUGCCGAAUAUGUCAAUAAAAAGUUAGUUUCUAAGAAAAUGCAAUACCAAAACAGAGGGAAAGUUUACGUUUUUUAUAAAAUACUAUAAAAAGUUAACUUCUAAAUAGCCAUAGGUUCCAUGUAAAUUAUAUUAUGUAACUGCCGUAGGUAUUCAAUUUUCGCAAACUCUAGUAAGUCGCAUGUGUUUGAAUGUUAAUGUGAGAAAUGAAUAUAAAUUUUACAUUGA